AUGUCUGAAGACUGCUGUGCUCUGAACGCUGACGGCACCCUCAAGGAUGCUUCUGAAAUUACCUUUUUUAAUGAUCCUGACGAUAAAGUACCAUUGCCCCAGGUCGCAUCUUCUGCCCAGCCAUCCUCUUCCACUACAUCCGCAAAGGACGCCUUCUCCGUUCUGCUCAAGGCUGGAUGCACCCCAGCAACAGUUGCAGCUGGAUCUAGGCGCUCUGGCCGGCCCUCAAAACCAUCGGCUCGUAUUUGCGAUGCUGACAAUGCCUGCGGUCUGUCUUCGUCAACUAACCGAAGGAAACGUGCUUUAUCUAGUGCUACGGAUCAUCCAGCCCCCAAGAAAACUGCCAUGCGAAUCUUAUCCCCUCUUGACUCCGAAGAUGAAGACAUACCCUCUACACCUGAUCUGGGAGAGUCGUCUGCUGACGAGCUGAUCCCCCAACCAGAGGACGACGAUGAAGUUGAUGAAUCUAAAUCCCCCUCAAAUUCAUUGUUCCCCGCUUAUAUUCUUGAUUAG